UAAGAGGGAGAUCUUCUGCCCAGACACAGUGAUGUCAAAGCGAAUGGGUGCGCCUGCAGGACACCGUUGUAUGGGUGCGCGCACACGUGCGCGCCCACACAAAUACACGCACACAGACACACACGCGCGCUUAAGGUAUGAGGUAAUUGUUUGGUCACAUGACUCCUGCAGUAGCUGUCAAAAGUGAUACAGCAGCGCAUCCCUGACCAGCCUGCCUGCAUCCAGCUGAUUGGACUGCGAUCAGGUGUUAGGGAUCCUCUACAAAGUGCAAAAACGUCAUUGACUUGUAACUAAACGAGAAAACAAAUAUAUUAAUAAAGAAAACCACCUUCUAAAUAAUGAAAAUAACUCAUAUAACAAGUUGUAUAGUAUAAACAAAUCAGUUUAAAUACUGAUUGCACACAUCUUGUUGGGAACAUCAUGCAGUAAAACACCUGUAUGUUGUUACAAACAACAGGCAGCCUUUCAUUUAAUUUCUCAAUGGUAUUUUUUGCAACCUAAUGUUAAUCCAUUUAAAGCUUAGCUUACAGACUUACAUUUAUUUCGUUCUUGAUUCUGACACAGACAAGGAUAUAGCAAAUCUUUACACUUGAUCCCUUGAUUCGGAGUUAUCACCCCGCCUAUGUCGCAAGUCAGUCCGUGUUGGGCUCAAAAGUCACUGGAGGUGAUACGGGGGUGGGAAAGUAGGGAAAGUGGGACAGCAGAGAGGGCGUGUGGUGUCGUGCACGCGCCUCGGCCUCGGGGAUUUCUCGCGUUCGAUGUCUUGACAACGCGAAGUUUAUCGGGUGUCCCCAUCGUGCGGUAGCAGCGGCACGCGCUUGGAGUGUGCCAGUAUCUUUUGAAAACCUCAGUCAGUGCCAGAUUUGGGCAGCGGGGUUGAGGAAAUGGCAUUUGAGACUGCCGCUGGCGGCGGUGACGCCUGAUCAAGAAUAAAGCAGGAUCUAUAGCGGCUGAAAAUGGUGAAUUCAAGUGUUUUAUUGUCAUGGCAAACGGAACCGGCAGCAUCAUGUUGAAAUGCGUGGUGGUCGGCGACGGCGCCGUGGGAAAAACUUGUCUGUUGAUGAGCUAUGCCAACGACGCCUUUCCUGAGGAGUAUGUGCCUACGGUCUUUGAUCAUUAUGCAGUGAGUGUGACGGUUGGAGGAAAACAAUACCUGCUGGGGCUGUAUGACACUGCGGGUCAGGAAGAUUAUGAUCGCCUACGACCCCUGUCCUACCCCAUGACGGAUGUCUUCCUCAUUUGCUUCUCGGUGGUAAAUCCGGCCAGCUUCCAGAAUGUAAGAGAGGAGUGGGUCCCUGAACUUCAGGAGUAUGCACCCAACGUCCCUUACCUGCUCAUUGGCACUCAGAUUGACCUGCGGGAUGAUCCGAAGACUAUUGCCAAGCUGAACGAUGUGAAAGAGAAGCCGAUUGUGACAGAACAAGGCCAAAAGCUAGCAAAGGAGAUCGGUGCCUGCUGUUAUGUCGAAUGCUCGGCAUUGACGCAAAAAGGUUUGAAGACGGUGUUCGACGAGGCCAUUAUAGCCAUUCUGGCCCCUAAGAAAGGAGCACUCAAGCGAAGACUUGGCCCACGUUGCAUCAACUGUUGCCUGAUCACAUGAGGAGGACUGAGAAGAGAACAAGGACUCAAAACAGUUAUUGGUCAUGCCAGGAUUAUCUGACAACCUGACUGGAAGCAAUGAAAAAACUAUUAAUAGUAGAGAUUCCUAGUCCAAGUUAUCGGGGAAAAGAACACCUUUCAAAAAAAAAAAAAGUGUUCUUCAGGGACAUUUAACACAAGAACACUAAACAUCAAGAUGGCUUACACACCGAAAAUGGUUAAAAGAUUGUAAUUUAUUGAAUUCACAAGCACAGAGAAUAGAAAAUGAAAGCUAUACGGUAGAGGAAGACGUUUGGGAGCCUUUCAUGAUGACUGAAAACAAUCUGCUUUUCUUGUCUGGCUUUGUAAGCACAAGUUUACUUUGAGGGUUGAAACCCAGACAGCCUCAACAGCACAACCAAACCCAUGUGUCAUUUACAGAAGUGAGACUUUACUUAACUUCGAAAAGGGAAAUGUCGUGUCUCUAUUUGAGUUGCAAAAUUUACAUUUUACAAAAGCUUACUGUCGGUAAUCACUAUCAUUUCUGAAAUAAAGAGGAAUCAUGAAGUCCAUACUGCCAUGUGUGGAGCGUACAACAAACACAAUGUUAUUCUACAAAAUGUCCACAACAGAUUUUAAUUGUUGUAAAUAUGACCGUGGAGUCAGAUGUCAUUUCUUGGAUUCAAAGCUCACGUUUGCUUCUGGAAGGAAACAGAUAUUUUCAAACAAGCCCGGAUUUUUUCCAAUCUCCAAGUUCCGAUGGCUUAAAGUGCUUAUUUUCCUCAUUUAAGCUUGUAGGUGAGAAGUUUGCGAUGCCAGUGGAUCCAAACGGGGGCAGCAAGGAGGCCAGUUAGAAAUCCAGUAGUUGCGCCGAGAGUACAGGAAACAGGCCAAACCUAGAGAGAGGGGAGAGAAAAAGAUAGGAGAUCAAUCCCAUCAUGCAGGAGCACAAGUGACUGACUGCAAGUCCUACAGAAUCACUGUGGUGUUUUACCAACCAAAUUUUGUAUACAAGACUGCUUUCUUUCUCAUGUUUUGUUAAAGUAGAGUUUGCUUGAUGGUUGUUACUGUGUGUAUUUGUGACCUUGCCUCUCAGGUGUGUGCUGACCGCUUUGCUUUUUGAAUUUGCUUUUUUAAGCAAUUUCUUGCACUCCAUGCAAAUAUGUGGAGUGGUCUGAGUGAUCUUUAAAGCUUCAUUGUGAAAAACAAAAUCGUUUAUUAAUAUUACAGUUAAACGGUAAAUAUGUGAAAUGCAGAACAAGGCACAAUGGAUUUAAGAUGAAAAAAUUCAGCUGUUAAUUCCCUGGAUAUAAUGUAAAUUUAAUGCCACAAAAUAUUUACUGACUAUAAAACUGGUUUUUAUAACCUUUUUUA